AGGUUUAGGAGUGUGUUUAUGGGAAUUUUUGACCAUUCUUCCAGAAGCGCAUUUGUGAGGUCAGACACUGAUGUUGGACGAGAAGGCCUGGCUCGCAGUCUUCGCUCUAAUUCAUCCCAAAGGUGCUCUAUCGGGUUGAGGUCAGGACUCUGUGCAGGCCAGUCAAGUUCUUCCACACCAAACUCGCUUAUCCAUGUCUUUAUGGACCUUGCUUUGUGCACUGGUGCGCAGUCAUGUUGGAACAGGAAGGGGCCAUCCCCAAACUGUUCCCACAAUGUUGGGAGCAUGGAAUUGUCCAAAAUCUCUUGGUAUGCUGAAGCAUUCAGAGUUCCUUUCACUGGAACUAAGGGGCCAAGCCCAGCUCCUGAAAAACAACCCCACACCAUAAUCCCCCCUCCACCAAACUUCACAGUUGGCACAGUGCAGUCAGACAAGUACCGUUCUCCUGGCAACCGCCAAACCCAGACUCGUCCAUCAGACUGCCAGAUGGAGAAGCGUGAUUCGUCACUCCAGAGAACACGUCUCCACUGCUCUAGAGUCCAGUGGCGGCGUGCUUUACACCACUGCAUCCGACGCUUUGCAUUGCACUUGGUGAUGUAUGGCUUGGAUGCAGCUGCUCGGCCAUGGAAACCCAUUCCAUGAAGCUCUCUAUGCACUGUUCUUGAGCUAAUCUGAAGGCCACAUGAACUUUGGAGGUCUGUAGCGAUUGACUCUGCAGAAAGUUGGUGACCUCUGCGCACUAUGCGCCUCAGCAUCCGCUGACCCCGCUCUGUCAUUUUACGUGGCCUACCACUUCGUGGCUGAGUUGCUGUCAUUCCCAAUCGCUUCCACUUUGUUAUAAUACCACUGACAGUUGACUGUGGAAUAUUUAGUAGUGAGGAAAUUUCACGACUGAACUUGUUGCACAGGUGGCA